AAUCGAGAAUGCUUCUUGAGAAAUUAAUUACGAAGAUUUAAUGGAGUGGGUUUAUUCCUCCUCUCAAACCCCUCCCGGCAGAAGCUAAAUAUUUGGUGUCAACGAGCAGCUCAGUCACGGUCCCAUACGAGUCGCUUGUUCGCUACAAGAAAUUUUGAAGGAGAUCGCUGUUACCGCUUUUUGUGCGAGUUGUGUACGAGUUGCGCACGAAUACGAUGUAUUUACCCUGAAGCUUUCAGUCAACGUUCGACGGUGAUGGCUCGCAGAAUGAGUAGAGAGAAAGAUUCUCAACUAGGCAGAAGUAUCGAAGACGAAAACUUUAAUCGCGCGAGAUAGAUUUUCAGAAGCGGAAUGUGAAUAACUUAAUCACGCAUAUUCGGUACACUGAAGGAAAAGCUUGGUAAUAAUCCUCAAGCUUGGAUAAUAGAUUGUCAGAUGCUUUGGUGAAUAUAUGAGUCAGCAGUAUGUCUCAAAUAUCUCACACUUCCAAAAAAAUGCGACGAUACAAUCGCACUAUUAGCUAUUCGCACAAGAGCAGUACGCCGUACAAAAACGUAACCCUGAAACAUUAUAAUAUAUCUUUAUCUGGGAUUGACACGGGCUCUUCCUCAAGUGCAGGAGAAGUUAAAAAAAGACCACGACCGCAGAGAACACUAAAGAAACGCAAAGGAACCACCGGUAAAAAGAGACGAGUGGUGACUCGCUUAGCGGACUCUGACAGCGAAUGGGAGACCAAAUCGGACGAGUCAGUCAAAAGGACUUCGGUAAACUCACAAAAAUUCAGUUUGAAGGAUACUCACGAGGAAUGCCAGGAUGACACUCCCGUAUGCUGCAAUUUAUUUGAGGAUCCCUGCACCCCGGAGAAAGUCCGUGACGCACCGAUCACGUACGAACCUUUGCUCGAAUCGCCGAUUCUUCAAUCUUCUCGAAGAUUACGCUUAAUUCCGGCAAAGGAUAAUCUCAUACAGAGCGAAAAGUUGCUGCCGAUUUCAAAUCUGCGAUUCUCGAAAUCGCAAAACGUUAAUUCGGAAGAAACGGACGAUGACACGCCGAUAUUCCAUCGCGAGAAAGACAUAAAGACAUAUCCUGCUGUAUCGAAGCGCAAGAAAAGCCCGAAGCAGAGAUUCAAAAACUUCACGUUUUCCGUACGAUUCCCAACAGCGACGAGCGAUUUGCUUUGGGACGAGUUCGUCGACAAGUUUCACGACGAUAUAACCCAGUAUUUGGCGUCGCCCUCCACGCGAGCGCAGGCGACGGAUUCCACGCGAGACCUUCCCGAUAUCGCCUAUCCGAGGCAAAGAAUCGAUCCGCUUUCUCCAGGAAUGGAGUGCGUAAGUCAAUAUUACGACAAGGUCACACACAGAUGGAUAACCUGCGACGAUUCCGAGAGGGCGAGCGGUUCCAAACAGGAAAACGCCGAGCGACAAAACGAGCCGCAGACCAACAGGCGCGGAAUGAAGGCUCGCAGAAGGAACGCGCGGAAACUAAGCAGGAAAGAGAUGGCGUUGAGAUCUGCGCGGAAACGAAGAGCCGACGUGUACGAUCAAUCUGAUGAGACGGACGUCGAGUUUGAGACCGGCGGUCGAAAUAAAAAACGUAUCAGUCUCCGCGAAUUUUGUCGCAAACAAAGGAUUAAUAAGACUAAGACGCCCUCGACGUCAUCUCGUUCGGACACGCAGUGAGGCGAAACGAAACGCUCGUCACUAUCGUCUCGCCAUUGAUAUACACACUUUGUUUUAUACAUACGCAUGGUUCGUAUUCACCGAGAUUUUUUCUAUAUUUUGUUAUUAUUUGUUCAUUUACACUUUUGUAAUGCCGAUAUUCAUUUUGAGGAAAUCUCUAUAUAUAUAAUGCAAUAAAAUUAUGGAAAUCUUUCCAGAAA